AUGGACCCCGUGCUUGUCAUCGGUGGCUGCGGUGGGCUCGGCCACCACAUCGUGAAGCGACUGCUUGAGAAGCAGGACGCUUCAAACAUCACGGUCUUCGACCUGAAUAUCGACCGAAACGUCUACCCGGGUGUCAAAUACACUCGAGGCAGCCUGGCUUCUCGGGAGGAUGUCCAGAAAGUGAUCGAAAAUGCUAAACCACAAGUCAUCUUUCACACCGCAUCCCCAUUCAUGAUGGAGCAGAAAAAUAGCCAUGACAUCUUUGAAAAGGUCAAUAUUGGCGGUACUCGUAUCCUGCUGGAUACCACCCGUGAUACGGACCACGUCAAAGCUGUGGUGUAUACGUCCAGCUCAUCCGUCGUUCACAACGGAUAUACAGAUAUCGUGAACGCAACCGAGGACGCGCCCAAGGUCUACUUACCCGAGCAGAAGGAAUUCUAUACACAUACAAAGGCCGUUGCAGAGGAUAUGGUUCUGGCCGCUAACAGAAAACACGGCUACAAGACCACGGUGCUGCGUGGCUGUACCCUCUUCGGCGAGGGCGAUGUCACCACAAUCCCAAAGAUCGUCGAUAAUGCAAAAGCCGGACGUGGAAAGCUACAGGUUGGAUACAACGAGAAUCUCUACGACUACACCUACCUCGGCAACGCAGCCGACGCGCACAUUCUCGCCGCGAAAGCCCUGCUCAGCCCCUCCACGCCAGAAGACGGACCCGUUGACGGCGAAGUGUUCAACAUCACCAACGACGAACCGUGGCCGUUCUGGGCCUUUGCGCACGCGGUCUCAGGCGCUGCCGGAUACCCCGUCACAAGCGUGUGGGUGGUGCCGCCGUUUGUCUUCUACGCGCUCGCCGUGGUGCUUGAAUGGGUUGUGUGGCUCAGUAGCUUUGGGACGCGGUCGUCGCAGCUCAAUCGGAAGAUGGUGAGAUUCUUCACUAUGACCCGGACUUUUGACAUCUCGAAAGCGAAGAAGCGGCUGGGGUACCGGCCGGAAGUCAGUAUGAAAGACGCGAUCAAUCGGUCCGUUGCUGCGUACCUAGCGAGUUCUGAAAAUGCUAAGAAGAAGAAGAAGAAGAAAUGA